UUUAAAAGAGCAGACCUGAGAGACCCCAGAACCACAAUCAGAACCAGGACCUGCAGAUCCAGACCAGCUGAAAGUCGGAGCCUGACGUUGUCUCUUUGUGUCAGCAGGUAUGCGGCGUGUUCGGUGUUCCAGCUUCCUGUGCCUCACACUGCUGCUUCUGUGCAGUCCUGCUGGGGCUUCUCAGCACAGCAGAAACCAGGACCAGUACCAGAACCCGGACCAGGAUCAGGACCAGGAUUUGGAACUCGAGCUGCAACACCACAGGCUGCUGCAGCGUGCUCGCAGCGCCGGCCUCCUGUCCCAGGAGUGGAAUAAACGUGCCGUGGAGGACCUACUCUCCCAGUUCACUCACACAGAGGAUGAUGUCCAGCAAGAUGCAGAGGUGGCCUCCAUGGCAACCGGUGGAAGGAUGGAGUUGGAGCGCUCUGUGGACGCGCCCAACAACCUGCCCCCUCGUGAACGCAAAGCUGGCUGCAAGAACUUCUACUGGAAGGGCUUCACUUCCUGUUGAAAGACUGCCCAGCUGAGGCCACACCUGAACCACACCAGUGAACCAAUCCCAGAGCAGCCGUCUGCGUGGCGGCAACAUUCCAGAAAAACAGAAUAAUUGUCAAUAAAGAAGAGAUUCAGUCAGA